AAAAGAUGAAGAUAAAAAACCUCAUCAUAAUGGUACAAAGCCUGAUGGUUCUGUGCAUAUAAUGAACUAUGAAGAUAGUAAUGGUGUAUUAAGAUCUAAGGGAAUUAAAUGGGUUCUUAAAGAACGAAAUUUAUGGAUACCAGGCCUUUUAAAAAAGUGUAAUAAUUGUAAAAAAAAUAAGCCUGAUCCAAACAACCCAAACUGUUGCGCUUCGCGUAUUCUUUCAGCUCAACCUGACUUUGCAGCUCAAAGAUCACGCUUAAGAGAGGAUAGGAUGGAUUUAAAACAUUCGAGAUAUUUUUUAUGUGUUGUUCAUUAUCUUACCUUCCUGUGCCGCGCAAUAGCUUUUCAGUAG